AUGGCAUCCAACGGGAGACAAUUUGGGUUUCUGCCCAGCGGCCUGGGGAUCUGCUGUUCCAUUCCUGACCUGCUCUUCCUACCCGAGCUCGUUUUCGGGGGACUGGUGUGGAUUCUGGUGGCGUGUACGUAUAUUGUGCCAUAUAACCCCCAGGCCUAUGUCAUGGCGGUCUCCGUCCUCUGUUUCGUUUGUACCUUCCUGUGGAUGAUGGUUUUCAUGUGUGGUUCCCAUAACAACCGGAACUCCUGGGCAACCGCGGAUGUGUUUUAUCAUUUCCUCGCCUCUGUGCUCUACCUCAGUGCUUCUGUGCCACUGGCCAUGGUCACCCUGGCCUAUAAUUCCAGUUUAACCCUGAACUACCAGCUCAAUAUCUCUGCAGUGGUGUUUUCCUACUUGACCACACUGCUGUAUGUCAUGCACACAAUUUUCUCUGCCAUCCGAUGGAAAUCUUUUUAGAUCAGAAC